UCACCGCCGCCAUCGUCAUCGAAUGAUACCGGCCGUCGAAUCUCUAAAGUCGGCGUGCCGCCUCAUUACUUUUUGUGCAAGAAAGAAAAGAAGGCGACUUUCUAGUGAUAUAUGUACCCAUUUCCGCUCCUCUGGAGUCCUCGGCUCUUCUCCUGUUCUCUACUCUCUGCUGUAUGUUCAUCAAGAGGAGAGAGAGCCCACCCUCGAUCGAUGAGUUAUUCCAUGUAUGAUGGCUCGAGAGCUGAAGCCAUUCUUAGACAUGAGAUUCUGGAUAUUAGCAGGAACAUGCAAACACAUGCAAUUAAAGAGUCAUCCUUGAAGCAUUAGUAGUAGUGUUGAAAUUGUUUAUAACAAAACCAAGCAGAAUAGAAUGCCUUCUGCUCCUCACUUCUCUGACAAUGACCAUGGACUUGUAACUAACCCAUGCAAGAGUGCUUGUUUAAAGUGCUGCGAAGUGAUUAAAGCUGGGGAAUAUUUUCCUAUGGAAAAGUGUACUGUUAGAAACUAUCGCAACUUUAUGAAAAGUGGCUUGCCUCAUCGGCUUCUAUUUUACAAGGACAGUGAUUGGAUUGAUUUUGCUGCGGAUAUAAUUGGUCUGAUACAUGAUAACUUCCAAGCGAAGAAGGCAAUUUUUGAAGUUUCUUGUCAGAAUCAACAUUUCUUAUUUGACUUUGUCCGUAUGCUACAUAUAGAUAUAAAGACAGGUCUCAGCAAGCCACUUGCAUGGAUUGAUGAGCAUGGAAAAUGUUUUUUCCCGGAAAUAAGUUCUGAAUUCUGUGCACCUUGUGUACCAAAAGGUGCUCGUGAACUUAAUUCCCGCUUGGAUACCUUUCCUAGCGCUUCAGAAAACUCAAAUUCAGGAUACCCUUACCAUAAGGAUAAACAGACUAAGCAUGCAAAGCUUAUUUUACAAAAUGAUCCUAUGAAUUUGAUGGGCGAAGUGGUGGGUGAAAAUGAUCUCUGUCUUCCUAUUUCAUGCAAUGCAAUAAGUUCUAGAAUGGAUCAGGAAAAUGCAGCUGCAGCAGUCGAUAGCCAACUUACUUUUGAUUCUGUCCAGAGAUUCUUUCUCUCUGGAAUGUAUCCUUAUGUUGAUUCGAAGGGAGUAGUAAGCAUCUCAAGAGCUCCUAUAUUCGAUCAAUCUGGAAAAUUUCUUUUUAGUAGUUUUCUCAAGCACAUCGAGAUAACGCAAAAUUUUCGUGGUGUUGCUAACGUGCGUUAUGCUUGGCUUCCAGCUACUAAGUCUACAGCAGAAGAUUUAAUACUUCGUGGCAUUAUGAGGAUUGAGAAGCCUCUGCAUGGCAGCAGACAUGGUCUCGGGAUUCAUCUUGCAGCAGUGAACUAUCCUAAUAUCUGUUCUUCCUAUUCAGAUGUUGAUGAAAAUGGUCUAUCUUAUAUGAUACUAUGUCGCGUCAUUAUGGGCAACAUGGAGCUUGUUAAUCCUGGAUCUAAACAGUUUCAGCCUACGGAUGGCAGUUUUGAUAGUGGUGUGGAUGAUCUUCAAGCUCCGAAGCAUUAUAUUGUAUGGGAUAUGAAUGAGCAUACCCACAUCUGCCCUGAGUAUAUUGUGGUUUUCAAGCUUCCUGCUAAAUCUAAAGAGUUAUUAUUUGGAAAAGAAAGUGCAUCCAAUGAAACUGGGGUCACAUGUGGACCUUCGCCUGUGUCGAAGGAAGGAAAUGAUAAUUCGUUUGUAAUACCAGCUAACCAAUCCCAAGGCAAGGACCAAGAGUUUGGUAGAGUCCCUAAGCCAACUUCUCCUUGGAUGCCUUUUUCAAUGCUGUUUGCUGCAAUUUCAACCAAAGUUCCUGCUAAAGAUGUGGAUCUUGUCAAUAAAUAUUAUGAAGAAUUCAAGAGAAGAAAAAUAAACAGACUUGAACUUGUUAAGAGGUUGAGGCAUAUCAUUGGAGAUAAACUACUGAUAUCUACCAUAGCGAGGCUUCAAUACAAGCUUCCUCCAAUGAUGAGACAAGAGCAGGCAUUGCCAUGCAGCAGAAAGCUACCCGCAAAUCCUUAAGCAACGAAAAGAUCUGUAUCAUCAUCUUCUUCUCCAAAAGAAAAAAAAAAAAGGAAUUAAGUUUUAGGGUGGAGCAAUACUUGUAUUUAUUUAUCCUAAAUUUCAAUAAAUCUAUCCAAAUGAAUAUACCUGACA